CGACCGAGCGACGAGGAGCAUGAGGAAAGAAUGCGCAGAUGGGAUAAGAGAGGCGAGAGGAUCUGGUCAAACCUGGUGGAAAUGGGUAUCAAGCCACCAAAGAAGUGGAGGCAGAUGGGUGUUGGUCGUGCAGAGAACAGCAGCAGGCCCGUGUGGAAGUCAAGGCCGAGGAAUCAGAUCGUCGUUAAGGACAGCGCUCCUGAAAGCUUCCUGCCUGAGGAAGACAUCAUACCGACCGUCGAUACAUCCGGCAAUCGAAUGACGAAGAUCACCAUACCUUUAGCAGACAGGCUGUAAAACCUUGAUGAAGUCGCUUUACGGACGACUAAAAAUCUUUGCACAAGCGCAUG